GAACGCGUCGGGUCGGACCCGGCGGAGAAGAUGGAGCGCCUGAGCGAGUACGUCACCGCGGUCGAGGCGUACAAGAGCCUGUGCGCCACGCAGGUGCCAAACACGGUGUCGGACCUGCUCUCGCAGUACGUGCAGGUGUCAACCCUGGACCCGGGCGCCGACGGAUACGACAAAGCCGUCGAGUUUCUCAACCUGGACUUUUCCGACGACGACGAGGAACGGGAUCCGGAGGAGGUGGAGGCGAUACAACGGAUGGCGAAGAACUUUGGCCGAGCAGGAACGGGCGAUAAGGGCGCCGGGGACGAGGAGCCCGGGUUCACGCCCAAGGAGGUGGACGACAUCAUCCGCCUGCUCGGCGAGAUGGGCGAGCUUCGCGGGAGCGACGGGGACGACGACGAUUCAGACGACGAGCUCGACGAGGAGGAGUUGAUGCGCAACUUUCUCGGCGGGUUUCUCGACAACCCCGGCACCCUGCACCUGGCGCAGGACGUGGAGGGUAACUGGCGGUGGCUCGAGGACGACCUCGGCCGGCCGCUGGCGACCAAGCCGGAGGGUGAGUUCAACGUCAAGGUUAUGUCGCACGAGGAGAUGGUGCAGCUCGGGCUCAACGUCAACUCGCUGCACGAGGAGGUUGACCCUGCGGAGCUCAUCGACUUCUCCGGCUGCAAGAGCUGGGACGAGGCGAUUCGGGUGGGUCGGGAGGUGGAGGCGGCGCUGGACCACAUGCGCGCGGACGGGUGGGAGGUUGACACCAGGAGCUGGUGCAACGAGGGGGAGCACCUCAUGGUGGUGAAGGAGCUGACGCCGCUUCGCACGAUGUCAUUCGUGGAGGGCGUCAAGGGAAAAUCCAACGCGAAGAGCAAGAGAAAGGCGGGCAAGAAGUCGAAAAAGACCGAGGGCAAGGCGUGAAGACGUUGCACGUAACAGGGAUGGGGCGCAUUGAUUGGGUUCACGCGGGCCGGGGGGGGGGGUGGAAGGAGCGAGCGGGCGCAAAGCUGUAUUUCAUUCAGAAAAUUUCUAAUUCAGCACGACACUGUACUUUUC